AUGAAGUUGGUUUUUCUUUCUGAUUUACUGUCAGAAAUGUUUCACGAUUAUCUGGACAGGCUAUCAACUCAAGAUUGUGGUUUUGUAGCGGUAGAAAGUGUUUUGUGGGGAGGAAAAGAAAUAACAGGAAGAAAAAUGCGUCAAAUGGUAUUCAAUAUCAAUUCGCAACAUGCGAAAAUUAGUGAAGUAAUUCCGGGCUUAUUUGUUAGCGGUGUUUGUGCACUAACACCAACAAUUAUUGCUACCAAUAACAUCGAAAUGAUUAUUAAUACCACCGAAGAGGUACCAAAUGUGAAGUCGUUGGGGAAAGUUGAUUACUUGAAACUUUCGCUAAAGGACGCCCCUGAUGCCAAUGCCUAUUCGCAUUUUAAUGAAGUCUGUGAUAGGGUCGAAACAGGGAUCAGUGCUGGUAAAAAUGUGCUCAUACAUUCCGUGCAAGGUGUUUCACGUUGUGCAACAUUUUGUUUGGCAUACAUAAUGAAAGCUCAUUCCAAGUCGCUUAAAGAUGCCUAUGAGUUAUUGAAACCAAAGAGAGCAAUGGUGAAAAUUAAUGAAGGGUUUUGGAAGCAGUUGAUUGCGUUCGAGCGGGUUCGUCUUGUUCCCUCCCAUCACAGUGUUUCUGAUUUAUCCUAA